AUGGCAGACUCAGACAACGACGAGGAUGAUGUUCGGAGUGGGAAAAGGUCGAUGGUGUCGCGACCAAAGGACCGAGUCCAGGCAAGAUGGGAGGAGGCAGCUAAUCGCAAUUGGGAGCUUCAAGAAGGGGCAGAUGGUAGUAUUGAGGGAGUGUUAGGUGGGCUUGAGGAAGCAGGCAAGCGGAAGAGGCUGCUCAAGGACACGACGCCCCUCCAGCGAGGAAUUAUCCGACAUACACUUCUGGUUCUGGACUUAUCCACGGCCAUGAACGAGAAGGACCUGCGACCCACUCGUCACUUGCUAACCAUCAAGUACACCAUCAUGUUCGUGCGCGAGUUCUUCGAGCAGAACCCGAUCUCCCAAUUAGGCAUCCUCGGCAUGAGAGAAGGCCUAGCAAUCCGAGUUAGCGAUAUGUCAGGCAACCCCAACGACCACAUCUCGGCGCUGAAAAUCCUUCGUGGUACUGAACCUAAAGGCAACCCUUCUCUGCAGAAUGCCCUAGACAUGGCCCGAGCAGCACUAUACCACACGCCCUCCCACGGAACACGUGAGGUAGUGAUCAUCCUCGGUGCACUCCUUUCCUCCGACCCAGGCGACAUCCACGACACGAUCAAAGCCUGCAUCCGGGAUCGCAUACGAGUCCGGAUAAUUGGUCUAGCCGCUCAAAUGCACAUCUGUGCUGAGAUCUGCCGCAAAACAAAUGGGGGCGAUGAGAACUACUACGAUGUGGCGAUUGACGAAGUAGAUUACAAGCAGCAACUCAUGGCCAUUACCACUCCUCCCGUCCUUCGUGUUACGGACGCUGACUCCUCGGACACUCAAGGCAAGAAUCAGUCUGCUCUACUAAUGAUGGGGUUCCCAUCCAGGAUUGUGGAGGAGAAAGCCACACUUUGUGCUUGUCAUGGGAACCUGACACGGGGCGGAUAUCUUUGCAGUCGGUGCAAGGCUAAGGUCUGCAAUUUACCUGCUACUUGUCCAACGUGCGAUCUGACGUUGAUCCUCUCAACGCAUCUGGCGAGGUCGUAUCACCAUCUAUUUCCACUACGGAACUGGAGUGAAGUCUCAUGGAGUCGAGCACGAACGAAAGGCACCACACAAUGUUAUGGCUGUCUAUCUUCUUUCCCAGCUGUACCUAAGCAGCAUGAAGUGGCAAAUGGUACUGAGCACGACCAAGGUGCUGCGAAGACGAAGAGAGCAGAAGGUGCAUCGGAGAGUAGCAGGUACGAGUGUGAGGCGUGCGGAGAUCACUUUUGCAUUGACUGUGAUGUCUUCUGCCACGAGGUUGUGCAUAACUGCCCUGGCUGUCAGAGUACGGUACCGGCAGAUAUUAGCGAGAAGACGAACGGUGACUGA